CCUUUUUCCACCUAUUACCUGGUGCCUCUCCACCUUCCAUAACAAACCAUCCAGAGAUUAGGUCCUCCUUUGUGGCUUCUGAGGUUUGGUAUGGACAGUUGGUUACUUUGCAUCUCAUUGGAGAUUGCCCCCACCUUUCUUAACCCUGAGGUUAAGAAAACCAGUGAGAGGUGGUUACAUAAGGCUUGGUCACCUCCAGGGUUAUACCAGUCUCUCAUCUGCCCUAACACUAUCGUAGUCUGCCACUGUCUCCACAUUGCAUUUGGCCCCUUUCUAAAAACAUGUGCAUUCUCACAAGGAGAGGAAACCAUUCUGGGUAGAGGAAUGUAGUUUAGCCCAGCAUUAGAACUGGUUGGUGCUUUCUUGGUACUAUGGGCUGGAGGGCCAGACCAGCUUCUGUCCCUGUUCCCGAACUACUACACCUGCCCAAGUCCUGCCCAACCAAAGGUCAUUGGGAACCAGAAGAGCCUGUGAGAGGCAGGGUGAAGUAUUGGUCGACAGUGGAUUGGACUUUUAAAACAAUGGCUAUAUAACGCAGAUUGAGGCUGCAAACAAACUGACAGGUCGCGCUCAGUUUGCAGCCACCACAACCUUGUGUUAGGUUCCUAGAAUAACUCGGUGAGCCUUCCUGAUGGGAUACAAGUGGGGUGGCUUAGUUGAAAGGUGGGCUGGAAAGCCCUACAAAAAGAAUUAGGCCAUGUAAGAGCCAGUGUCAAGGAAAACCUCAGUGGUCCCAAUGUCUUUCAUGGAGCCUUGAGUCCACAUCCCAAAGCCGGUUCCGCGACAGGUGGGACUGCAUCUGGCCUGGCUUGGGGAAAAGACUGCUUUGAGGAGGUAAGGUACACGAGCUUUGAAACGGUAUUUGUAUGUGAAGCAGGCGCAGGAUGCGGUCUCCUUUAAUGCUUGCGAAGAGGAAGUCCUGUUUUAAGGGAGGGAAAAUGGGCCCAGAAAGACGGUGACAUCAUGCGGAUCAGAGCGAGUCCCAGUCCCCGCCCUCUGACCUGCUGGAGAGGCCCUGCAGCCCCGUCCCGGACCAGGCUGGGGGUUCUUGACCCCCGGGGCGAGCUCGGAGACGUCCCCCACCUGCGGCGCCGAGAACGCGAAGGGCUCCCAGGUGCGGGGCGGGAAGGGGGAGGAGUCGCGGGGCGGUAAAGGGCGGGCGGCCGGCAGCUCAGGGAGAGCCCUGCACGCCCACAGUCCUGCUGCCUAGGCGCCUGUCGGGUGAGCGGGCGCGGGGCGCGCGGCUCGGUCCCUCGUUCCCCCCGCAAAUCCGGCCCGCGACCAGCCAUGAAUGCUAGCGGCCCGGGCUACCCGCUCGCCUCUCUCUACGUGGGCGACCUACACCCGGACGUGACCGAGGCCAUGCUCUUCGACAAGUUCUCUCCCGCGGGGCCCAUCCUGUCCAUCCGCGUGUGCCGCGACGUGGCCACCCGCCGCUCGCUGGGCUACGCCUACGUCAACUUCCAGCAGCCCGCUGACGCGGAGCGGGCACUGGAUACAAUGAACUUUGAGGUGAUCAAAGGCCAGCCCAUCCGCAUCAUGUGGUCCCAGAGAGACCCAGGACUUCGCAAGUCAGGUGUGGGCAACAUCUUCAUCAAGAAUCUGGAGGACUCCAUUGACAACAAGGCUUUAUAUGACACCUUCUCUGCCUUUGGGAACAUCCUCUCUUGCAAGGUGGUUUGUGAUGAUCACGGCUCCAAAGGCUUUGGAUUUGUCCAUUUUGAGACCCAUGAGGCCGCACAGCAGGCCAUCAGCACCAUGAACGGGAUGCUGUUGAACGACCGCAAAGUCUUUGUUGACCACUUCAAGUCUCGACGGGAGCGGGCCGCAGAGCUGGGAGCUCGAGCAAUGGAGUUCACCAACGUCUACGUGAAGAACUUCUGUGGGGAUGUGGAUGAGCAGGGCCUGCGGGACCUCUUCUCCCAGUUUGGUGCGCGUGUUCCCCAGGGGAACUGGGGAUCACUUUCUCUUCUACUGCCAGGGAAGAUGCUGAGUGUGAAGGUGAUGAGAGAUGACAGCGGCCACUCCCGGGGCUUUGGCUUUGUCAACUUUGAGAAGCAUGAGGAAGCCCAGAAGGCUGUGAUGGACAUGAAUGGGAAGGAGGUGAGCGGACAGCUGCUUUACGUGGGCCGGGCCCAGAAGCGGGUAGAGCGUCAGAAUGAACUGAAGCGCAGGUUUGAGCAGAUGAAGCAGGACCGGCUGAACCGUUACCAGGGCGUGAACCUGUAUGUGAAGAACCUGGAUGACUCCAUUGAUGAUGAGAAACUGAGGAAAGAGUUCUCUCCCUAUGGAGCGAUUACCAGUGCCAAGGUGAUGACAGAGGGUGGCCACAGCAAGGGGUUUGGCUUUGUAUGUUUUUCCUCUCCAGAAGAGGCGACAAAGGCCGUGACAGAGAUGAAUGGGCGCAUCAUCAGUACCAAGCCACUGUACGUGGCACUGGCCCAGCGCAAAGAGGAGCGGAAGGCCAUCUUGACCAACCAGUACAUGCAGCGCCUCUCCACUGUGAGGGCCCUGGGUGGCCCCCUCCUGGGCUCCUUCCAGCAGCCCGCCAGCUACUUCCUGCCUGCUGUGCCCCAGCCUCCAGCCCAGGCUGCGUACUAUGGCUCUGGCCCACCCAUCCAGCCUGCUCCCAGGUGGACCGCCCAGCCAUCCAGACCCUCGUCUGCCUACUCUCCAGCUGCCUCGUUGGGCCAGCUGCCAGCUGUGUCCCGGCACCCCCCGGCCCAGGUCAGCAGUGUCCGGCAGGCGUCCACCCAGGUGCCACGCCUGGUACCCCACACCCAAAGAGUAGCCAACAUUGGUACCCAGACCACAGGACCCGGUGGAGCAGGAGGCUCUACACCGGGCGGGCUUCUCCUGACACACAGAUACUCCUCAGCCACACACAACACUCAUGGGGCCCAGGAGCCCGCUGUGUGCAUCCCCGGACAGGAGCCACUGACCGCGUCCAGGCUGGCCGCAGCACCGCUGCACGAGCAAAAGCAGAUGAUUGGUGAGCAUCUUUACCCUCUUAUCUACGAUGUGCAUACCCAGCUGGCUGGCAAGAUCACGGGCAUGCUGCUGGAGAUUGACAACUCGGAGCUGCUGCUCAUGCUGGAGUCUCCAGAGUCCCUCAAGGCCAAGGUAGAAGAGGCCCUGGCAGUGUUGCAGGCACACCAGGCCACUGAGCAGACAGUGAAUGUGCACUGAACCCAGAAAAUGGAAUCCUCCCUCCCCUGACAAGAGAACAGCGUUUCCUGCUCUGGACUCUAAGGCCCUGUGAACCAUGACUUAUUUCUCAGUCGUGCUGUAUCAGUGCUUGAGCUCUGUGUGGGUAGAAGGCUGACCACCCAGCCAGACUGUCUGUGCACCUUUGCUUUGUGCAUUAAAAAGGGCUGCAAACUU